AUGUUUUGUGUAUCAUCACAACGCUUCGUCACAAUCGAAGGCAUUUGCGUUGUGUUGUCGUUAUUAUUAUCGAUUUCUCUUGGAGCAGUUUCUGCUAAUUCAAAUUAUGGGGAAGCACUCACAAAGAGUCUUUUGUAUUUCGAAGCUCAACGCUCUGGGAAAUUACCAUCGAACCAAAGAGUUACUUGGAGAGGGGAUUCUGCACUUAGAGACGGUUUUGAUGCUCAUAUUGAUCUCAGCGGAGGGUAUUACGAUGCGGGAGAUAAUGUGAAGUUUGGAUUUCCUUUGGCGUUCACGACGACCAUGCUAGCUUGGAGCUGUGUAGAGAUGGAAUCGCAGCUUAAGGCCCAUGAGGAGCACGAAAACGCCCUCGCGGCUCUCAAGUGGGCUACCGACUAUCUCAUUAAAGCCCAUCCUGAGCCUAAUGUCCUGUACGGGCAAGUGGGCGAUGCUAACUUGGACCACGCGUGUUGGAUGAGACCCGAAGAUAUGACCACUCCACGUCCUUCAUACCGCAUUGAUGCUCAGCAUCCAGGUUCUGAUCUGGCCGGCGAGACAGCAGCAGCGAUGGCUGCAGCUUCUUUGGCCUUCGCAUCUUCUGAUCCAGUCUAUGCCAAAACUCUCACUGAUCAUGCAAAAGAUCUGUUUAGAUUCGGUAAGGAUUACCGUGGGGUCUAUCACUCCUCUAUUCCUAACGCGGGUGGCUUUUACCCGAGCAGCGGUUAUGAAGACGAGUUGUUGUGGGCUGCGGCUUGGCUUCACAGGGCCACUGGAGACCAGGCCUAUCUUGAUUAUUUAACACAAGCUUCUAGUAGCGGAGGUGUGAGUUUCGUUUUUGCGUGGGACAAUAAGUUCUUGGGAGCACAAGUCUUGGUAGCCAAGCUUGUAUUUGAAGGGAAAGUGAAGAACGAAGGGAAGAUGACUGAGUACAAAAGUAUGGCAGAGCAAUUUAUCUGCAAUUGCGCUCAAAAGGGUUCCAACAACGUUAAGAAAACUCCUGGAGGUUUGCUCUGGUUCUUGCCGUGGGAUAACCUUCAAUACACAGCCACCGCUUCUUUCGUCUUAGUUACCUAUGCUAAAUACCUUGAGGCUGCACAAACAUCGGUCCGAUGCCCUGAUGGUGGCAUCCUUCAAGCUUCUGAUCUUCUUAGCCUCGCUCGUGCCCAGGUUGACUACGUACUUGGGUCAAACCCCAAGAACAUGAGCUACAUGGUUGGAUACGGGACCAAUUAUCCUAAGAGACCACACCAUAGAGGAUCCUCUAUAGUGUCAAUCAAGAAUGAUCCUAAACCGGUAACAUGCAAUGGAGGUUAUGAAGCUUGGUACAACAAUCCUAAACCAAAUCCUAAUGUUUUAGUUGGAGCAAUUGUAGGUGGACCGGACGAGAACGAUGCUUAUGGAGAUGAACGGUCUGAUUAUCAGCACGAUGAGCCUGAUACUGUCACGGUUGCUCCUUUGGUUGGUAUUUUGGCUGCCAUCGCAUGACCUUAAUUAUAUAUCUCUAUUUGUUUCUACUUAACAAUGUAUUACUGUCUUUGGACUUCAUUUCCUAAGACGCUCUACCGACUAACUUUUUAGGUCUAAGGGUAGAAAAAACAAAAUUUGAUUUGUUAUAAUAACUUGAUGUAGUGACUAGUGAGACGAGACUGAGGUUUUUAUUUUGUUUCGAGACUAGUGAUUUCGGUUCGGUUGGUUAAGUUUACUUUGGUUUAUUG